AUGGGUUGCGUUAGCUCGAAGCAGACGGUCUCUGUGACGCCUGCAAUCGAUCACUCAGGCGUCUUCAGGGACAAUGACAAUGAAUGUUCCGGAUCGGGUCGGGUAGUGGCUGAGGAUCCGCCUCGCGCGACUCUGAAGAAGCUCGUGUCCUGGAGGAGUAAGAGCGGGAAGAGGAGGAGCCAGAGGAGCGGCGGUGAGUUGGGUAGCGAGUUGAGCGAGUCGGGACGUGCUAGCGACUCGCUGAGUUUCCGGCUCGGUAACCUCAGCAAAUACCUUGAGGCCGAGCAGGUCGCUGCUGGUUGGCCUGUGUGGUUGAGCAACGUCGCUGGUGAAGCUAUCCACGGUUGGGUCCCACUUCGAUCCGAUGCUUUCGAAAAGCUCGAGAAGAUCGGGCAAGGUACUUAUAGCAGCGUGUUCCGUGCGGUGGAGACUGAAACCGGGAGGAUUGUGGCAUUGAAGAAGGUGAGGUUCGACAACUUUGAGCCGGAGAGUGUUAAGUUUAUGGCGAGAGAGAUUCUGAUACUUAGAAGACUCAAUCAUCCCAACGUUAUCAAGCUCGAAGGUUUAAUUACUUCAAAGCUAUCUUGCAACAUACAACUCGUGUUCGAGUAUAUGGAGCAUGAUCUCACUGGUCUUCUUUCUUCCCCUGACAUCAAAUUCACGACGCCACAGAUUAAGUGUUACAUGAAGCAGCUGUUGUCUGGGCUUGAUCAUUGUCAUUCGCGAGGCGUGAUGCAUCGGGACAUAAAAGGUUCGAAUCUUUUGUUGAGUAAUGAAGGAAUACUGAAGGUGGCUGAUUUUGGGUUAGCAAACUUCAGCAAUGCUUCUGGUCACAAGAAGAAACCUCUUACUAGUCGAGUUGUGACUCUGUGGUAUCGUCCACCUGAGCUUUUACUUGGGGCAACGGACUAUGGAGCAUCUGUUGAUUUGUGGAGUGUUGGUUGUGUUUUCGCCGAGCUGCUUCUCGGAAAACCUAUUCUCCGGGGAAGAACUGAGGUUGAACAGUUGCACAAGAUCUUCAAACUGUGUGGAUCUCCACCAGAAGAUUACUGGAAAAAGUCCAAACUUCCUCAUGCAAUGCUUUUCAAGCCGCAGCAAAAUUACGACAGUUGUCUCCGGGAAACCUUGAAAGAUUUGUCUGAGACUGAAAUCAAUCUGAUAGAAACUCUUCUUUCUAUAGAUCCCCACAAACGCGGUACUGCCUCUAGUGCCCUUGUUUCUCAGUAUUUUACUACAAAGCCUUUUGCUUGUGAUCCCUCAAGCUUGCCAAUAUACCCACCUAGCAAGGAGAUAGAUACAAAGCACCGAGAAGAAGCAACAAGGAAAAAACUUAGCGUGAAUGGGAGACGUGGUCUAGAAGCGAGGAAGCCAUCACGGAAGGCCCUUUCGUUCAAUAAAUUGGCACCAGCGGAGGAUGUGCGGCACCAAACUGAAACAUUUCAGAAAAGAAUUGGUCAUUUAGUUCAUAAUUCGAUUGAGAGUGAUGCCAGGUUAUGUGGGAAACUACAAAACCCGCUAGAUCACAAGAAAGAUGAAGCUUCCCAUGUGAAAAAUGCAUCUCAAGGAGAUGUACCUUUCUCGGGGCCAUUACAAGUUUCUUUAUCAAGUAGUUUUGCUUGGGCGAAACGAGAAAAAGAUGACGUAUCUGUUAGGAUACAUAAUCGAUCUCUCUCAAGAGGUCACAUCACUAAUCUCUCUGGACAUUCUCCCGCUUUCAAUGGGAAAAGUGAUGUCGAACCUAAGAUAAAUGAGGAUAAAAAUGCUGAAAAGCGUGAGGACAAGACAGAUUCUCAAGGCCAGGAGUCAUAUGAGAUGGUGAAGCGUUCUAUGCUGAAGCAGUGGAGACAACUUGAACGUCCAGAUUCUUUUGGUGCAUCUGAAGAGUAUCACUCGCAGGAACUGUCAUUGGGACUCUAUCAGAGAGAUGGAAUGGCAAGAAAGCUGGGUAAUAAUUUGGAUGAUGGUCACAAGAUAGAGUUCUCGGACCCUUUGUUGUCUCAAUCUUAUGGAGUUGAUGCACUAUUGGAAAGACAUGAACACCGCAUCCGAAAGCUAAUUCGUAAACCGUGGUUCCAGAAAGGUAAAAUUAGGAUUGCUUUAACUGACUAUCCUUCAUUGUUCCAAGACAAACAACAAAAGUUUUUUCUUUUCUCAACUGAAUUUUAUAAAAAACAGGGGAAGUGA